AUCUUGUCUGCUGCAGCAAAGAAGGCAGGAGGGUACAUCUCUUACGCCUCUAAGUGACCUUGGUCAUUUGUAUUUAUAUUACACUCCCUUGAUGUUUUACAGGAUGUCUCCAUGGAUACAGGAAUAAACAGAAGAUAAUAGUCCCACAGCCUUUAAAGCAGCAUUUCAUUCUACAGGCCAGGAGGACAGAGUAGGCGUCUACAGCUGAACCCAGGGAAUCAAGAGGUCAACCAUGGCUGAAAAUUCAGAUGUUGCCUCCCUUGAAGACAGCUUUCGGAAAUUUGCCAUCUAUGGUGAUACCAAAGCCACAGGUCAAGAGAUGACAGGAAAAAAUUGGGCGAAACUAUGUAAAGAAUGCAAAGUUAUCGAUGGAAAGACCAUUACUACUACGGACGUCGACAUUGUGUUCUCUAAAGUAAAAGGAAAGACAGCCAGGGUGAUAACCUAUGAGGAAUUUCAGAAAGCACUAGAGGAACUGUCAGCAAAGAAAUAUAAAGGGAAAAGUAAAGAAGAAGCUUUUGAGGCUAUCAGCAAACUGGUGGCUGGAAACGAGCCUGCUAGCACUGGGAUCACGAAAGCUGCAGCUGUGGGAGCAGUGGACCGACUCACAGACACCUCAAAAUACACCGGUUCCCACAAGGAGCGUUUCGAUGAGACAGGAAAGGGAAGAGGAAAAAGUGGUCGUGAGACCAUCGUGGAAAAUACCGGAUAUGUUGGCGCAUAUAAACAUGCUGGCACGUACGAUGCCAAGGUGAAAAAAUAAGGUGCACCAGCAGGUGUGCUACAACCAUUGCUCCUGCAUAGUUACCAUUAACCUUUUAAGUACCAAGCCUGUUAAGGGAUAAAAGGCGCUACAUUUAAAAAAUAUAACCCAGUGCAGCUAAAAAAAAAACUCAGUAUAUUGUCACUUCAUUCACUAAAUAAACAGCAAA